AAACAAAGAUUCUGCGAGACUGACGGAAAAUUUUGACAUUUUUUUUUUGUUUCUUUUUGAAACAAUAAAUACGGCACGGAUCUACUAGUGAUUGCGUUAAGUAAGCGCAUUUUGCACGCUGGAAGGAGUUCAUAUAACGAAAUUACAUAUAUAUUUUGGUUUGCUUUUUGCCUAACAAAUACCGCCAUGGCCGAUGAGGGUGCGAAUCCGGAAAAAGAAGCUGAAAAGAAAAUCGUGCACACAUAUCCGCUUGUCAAGCAUUCCGAUAUGAACGAAGAAAUGCGAACAGAAGCAAUUGAAAUGAGCAUAACCGCGUGCGAAAAGUAUUCCAGCAAUUACGAGCAAGCGGCGCGUGUAAUCAAGGAGACUAUGGACAAGAAAUUCGGCAUCUAUUGGCAUGUGGUGGUCGGCGAAGGUUUCGGCUUUGAGGUAUCCUAUGAAACUAAAAACAUUUUAUAUCUCUUCUUUGGUGGAAACUUAGCAAUUUUGCUUUGGAAAUGUUCAUAGUGGCAAAUGCUUGUGCAUGUUUGUAUGUAUGGCAGUAUGGUGUUUAGAGAACUACGAAACUAAAAUAUGGCACAAUAAUUAGGGAGCAAAGAAAACUUUGAAACAAACUAUCUAGGGAACAUAUAGCGAAAGAGUUUUAAAUAUAAAAAUAAUAUUGUAAUACAUAUAUUAUUAUUAUUGCAAUAGUAGAAUACAGAAACAAAUGGUUUCCAUACCCGCGUACCUAAAAUGUAUUAAAUUCUAAUGGGAAAGAGAACAAAAAAAGCAAAAAAGUAAA